UAAAAUUCAUAGAAAAUAUCAUUAACGUCAUGGAUGUAGAGGUAUGCGAUUCAAAAUUGAAUUGUGUGUGAGAAAUGAUGAUCCAACAAUUUGAUGGGAUAUAUUUACUGUAAUAAAAGCAUUUUUAAAAAAUUCCAAGUCUCUAUCAAAAUUAGACCUAAACCACCAAACUUGCCAUAAUUUAAUCAAAUUGAUACUUGUAAUUAUUAAUUAAUUUAUCCCACAAGAACCAAUCUUCUCUAAUCUCAGAGUUGAACAGUAAAAGAUCAAGUGGAAAGCCCAAAAAAAAAAAAAAAAAAAAAAAACUGCGAAAUUCAAACAAAGAUUUGUUUCUGUGUUCAUACCUUUGCCUUUCUCCAUUGAUUUCCUUGUUCUUCUUAAUUUGUGAUCGGUUGAAGAAUUUGGCUUCUGGGUUCUGACCUUUAUGAGAUUUUCCUAACAAUGGACCGAUUGGUGAAGCCUGAUGUGAAGGAAGUGGAAUUUUCAUUCAUGAAAGGAGAAAAUUGUACAGCAACUUUCUGUCUCACCAAUCUGAUGCACACCAUGUCUGUUGCAGUUUGUUUAUCAACAUCCAAUCCUUCUGUUUUCUCAUUUUCACAAGAUUUCUCCAUAAUUCCACCGCUUUCUUCUUCUUCCUACACGAUUUCCUGCAAGUCAUCGGAUAAGCUUCCUCUCAGUACUCCGCCGGACAAAAUCUCCGUUCGAUCCGCCAUGCUUCCAAUCGGAAAAGCUCACACCGACGACCUACGACGCUUGUUUUCCAAACCUGGCCGCCAUGUUUUCAAGGACGCUUCGUUGCUCAUCUCCUUCGUCGGUUUCGAUGUCGUUGAAUAUCUAAUUUCGAACCAUAAGCGAAUUCCUGAUUUGAGAUCUCUUCUUAACAAAGCCAUUUCUGGUUGUUCUAAGUCUCAAUUGACAGCGUUGAUGGAACCGGCAGUUUCGUCAGGGAAAUUAGGGUUAGUUUCGGCUUUAAUCGACGCUGGAGUGGACGUCAAUGUGAAUAAUUCUCUCAAACAGUCAAUGUUGUCGACCGCUGUUCGGAUUGGGAAGAUCGAUAUUGUCAAGCGAUUGAUUGAUUCGCACUGCAAAAUCGAUUUCUCUGUUGAUUUGGUACUACACAUAGCGGCAGCGAUGAACCGCGUCGAUUUAAUAGAGCUACUACGAGAGAAUUUUCCUGAUAUACCAGUUAAUUCCGUCGAUUCCGACGGCCGUACUCCAAUCCACACCGCGGCAGCUCACGGUCACGUCGAGGUAAUAAGUUUCCUCGCUUCGGUCGGCGGAGAUGUCGAGGCGGUGGAUAGAACAAAAUGGACUCCACUACAUUUCGCGGCGGCGGGAGGACAUCUGGAAACCGUGGACUAUCUUCUAAACUGCUCGAAUGUGAAAUACGCGGUGAACUCCGAAGGAAGAACGGCAUUCGCACUGGCGUCGGAGAACGGACACACGGAUCUGUUCGAUUCGUUAAGAUUAGACGACGCAUUGCACAGAACGGCAAGAGCCGGCGACGUUCGAGGUCUGAGAAGUUGCGUGGCGGCUGGAGCAAAGGUGAAUGGGAAAGACCAAAACGGGUGGACGGCUCUGCAUAGAGCGGCGUUCAAAGGCAGAGUUGAAUGCGUGAAGGCGCUGCUCGAGGUCGGAGCGGAGGCUGACGCCAUGGACAACGCUGGGUACACGCCGCUUCGGCGCGCCGUGGAGGCUGGGCACGAGGAGGUGGCUCGCCUACUUCUUGACAGCGGUGCCAAACCGAUUUCAUCCAAAAUCUAAUCUUUGCAUUCUCAAUUCUUUUUGUUUAUAUUGUAAUUUGUAAAUAGUUAUUCUCAAUUUUGUAGGUUUGAUUUUUCCAUUUUCAUUUUCUUGGAAAUGUGAAAUUUGAUAGAUAACAAUAAUCGAUUAGUUUUAUAAUAA